AUGAGAGACAGAACCUACAUCAUGAAACGAUGUAGCGCCAAAGGCGGUGAAUACGUGGAAUGUAUUGGAUACUGUUUGUUUGACAUUGCUGCACAUCCACCCCCGUUUAAAGCUUCUGCUGCUGAGCUGUUGAGACAUCAACAUUUGCAACCAUACCUCCUCUUGAGUCACAACCCUUCAUCUGUGUUUCUUCCUGUGAAGUCCUCGAGCAGAAUGAAAGAGAAAACACGACCAUCACCUGGAAAAUCUAUCAGUACGAGAGGUAGCAGAGACAGACAAUUGAAGCUAAAAGAGAAGAGAACUGUCCUUUACUUUGACGAAAGUGAUAACAUUCAGCCAAGAAACUUAUCUGACAAUUAUAACACGUUCCGAGCCAAACUUGACACUAAGAGAGUCGAUCCAACAAGCUACUCGGUUAGGAUCUCUCAAGAUAGUGAGGAUUCUAAAAGUGGGGAGAUGAGUGAGGCAGCUAUUUGCAAUGGAUAUGACCAACAGGAGACUAUCUCACAAACAGAAACUACGAUCACUCCAAGCUUGUCAAGUUCAAGGGUAAAAACAUGGUCCGAGGAACAAGAGCAUGUUUCUCUGGAGCAUGUUAGUCGAUUUGACGCGGGUGAUACGAAGAAUAACAAGACAAAAGAGCUUGAGGUGUUGAGCAGUCCACUGGACCAUGAGGAAGCAGAUAUAGUGGAAUGUAUCUCCGUAAAAUUUAGCAGAAUGACAUUGUCUGAUGGAAGAUUCAAUGAUAAAACACGAUCAUUCGAUGAAGAAAGCACUUCAUCUAAUUCACAGUAG